AUACGGCAUAUAAUAAGUUAUAAAUGAGUGCAAUGCAAAUUAUGGCGGAGAGAAGCGUGAAACGUCGUAAGAUAUAUAUGUCACAUAAGUUUAAUGGUUAGUCGAUAAAUAACAAUUUUUUGACGAUACAUUAGCGGACUGCACUUACACUGUAUGCAGCAGUAACAACCAAUUCAAAUUUUCCAAUACUCGGAAAGCCAAACUGUUUGUAAGUGUUUAUUAAUUAAUAAAGCAUAUUUGAGACUUGAAUAUAAAUUUAUGGUUCUUAAAUUUAUUGGCGUUUACAUUUUUUUUCAGAAGCCACGUGAAGCUCCUGAAGUUCUACAUAACAAUAAAUUUCAAGAUUACAGGGAUGAUCUUUCAAAAGGAAGUUUGAUUAAGUUUUGUAGUUGUUCUUUAAAUCUUGAAAAAAUGGCUGUGCAAGGUAAAACGAUCGAAAUGAUUAACGGAGAUACAUACAAGCAGUUUCGAAGAUCGUUGGUACCUUUUAUAGUACAGACUCCAGAUAUCCCAUGCUGUCUGGAGCGGAACACCUUAAAUGGGAUUCUACAAAAUGUACAGAAACGAUGUGGCACUGCAUUCUCUAAAUCAGAGCCGUAUAAAAAUGCAGAGACACAGACUGAUUACAGAGAGAGUGAAACACAAACUGAACCUUGGGAGCCACCAUGUAAAAUUAUUUCAGGUCACAAUCCUGAAGUGUUGACGUUAGCUCAUUUAACUUGGAAGAACGGACUACCCGCGGGUGUUCAUGAGGUGCACAUUAUCAAUAGGAUGCGAAUGAAGAAAGCUUGGGAAGCUAUCCUACCGCCAAUGGAUACCCCGGCUAACAUAAAGAUGCGAAAUUCGAUAAUAACGGCUUUAGACAUAGAAGAAUGGGCAUUUCGGGAGUCAGAGAUUCAAUUCAUAAUGGAUUUACGUCUCGACCUGAUGAGAGAUCUGCUGCAAAGUCGUGAGUCGGAAUACGAGAAGAAAGUGCAGGGUCGUUUCAGUAGGCUCAAGAGCAAAUUGGGGAAAUAUCGGGACAAUCAAAUCAAGAGUAUUAGGCAUAAUCUUAAACGAGAUCUACGAAAAUUAUGUAAAAGACACCGUAAUGAGCAGCAACCUCGCAAACCCGAUAUAAUUGAACGGCAUAUCGAUCCAAAGUCCGAUCUGUAUGCACCGCAAAUGCGUUUCGGCGAACAUCCCCAGAGACGACACGAAAUCUUGCAAAAGCAACUUCGAAGCGAAAGUUAUAUUGAACAAAUAAAAGAAGAUACAACGCUCAGUUGGUUACCAGCUAUCGAGGAACCGAAAACAACUAAACGUGGGUCUAAAUCGAUAGACAUCUGUAUACGAGAAACCAGGUGGACGGAGGAAAAACUGAAGCAGCUUCAUUCCGAUCUAAAAGCCAUUCGAAUGAAAGUCAAAACCGUAGAUGAAGGCCCAAAAUUAGUGAGACGUAAUCACGAACAGCCAACUUUUCCGACCACACCGCGUAGAUUGGGGAUCUGGGACAAAAAGCAGAAACAACGGGAAGAGUCUGCUACAUUUAUUCAAAAGCUUGUUAAAGGCAGAGCGAUACAAUGUCUGAUGUACAAAGGACGCGAUAGAUGCAGGGAGCUAAUCGAAGAACUACAAUCGACUCAAGCGCUCGAGCAGGAGGAUCGCGAUGAAGAGACAGAAAUAAACGAUCAAUCAACACAAGAAGAUCAUUUGUGUGAGAUUCUCGAUUCUUUAGAGGGAAAGACAGUCUGUGGAACACUAGAUUUUCUCAACAAGGAGCUGGUGAGAUUAGAGGAUGAACGUAGAGCUCAUGCUUUUGCCUUGCUUGCUGAAAGAGAAAGAUGUAUGAGAGAAGCCGCCGAAGCUGGAAGGCGACAAAUGGAACGUAAUCGACGACGAGAAUUCGACGAGAUGUUCAAACAAAUCGUGAAAGUAAAUCAGGACUCGGUAGAAGCUUACUUGGAGGACAUUGUGAAGGAAGAAAUCGAUUGGGUAUCCGAUAAGGUGGCUAAAGAACGUAUCUUAGAAAUUUGUGAUAAAGUGGAUGCUACGUCGAAACUUGCCGCAGAAAAUGCUGACAAGUUGGCAGAUGAGAAAUUGGUAGCAGAUAUGAUCUACAAUUUUGUUUUACCCGAAGUAGAAAAGCACAAUAUAAGGAAAAAAAUACGCGAUCAGCAACAAAGUCAUAUGCAGAAUGCAUUUAUUUCAAUUUACGAAAAAAUUUUAGAUUUACCACCUGAACCAUCACAAGUUACGGUUGAACCAUUGCAAGUUCAAAAAAUUUACGAAAAAAACGAUGAUAUAAAAACAAUUUACGUGAAUGAAGAUACGGAGCAAGAUAUCGAGGCAAAAGAAAUAGAAAUUCACAAAAUAGAUAUUGAAGAUAAAAAACAAGCUAAUUUGGAAAACCAUUCGGAAAUAAAUUCACAAAGCGAUUCCUUAACGGAAACUCAAUAAUAUCUCGAAAAUUACUUUAUGAUAACUUUGCUCUGAAAACUAUUAUCUAUAUAUAUAAUAUAUGUAUCUUUUUAUAAUAAAAAUUAACAAUUGUUAACAAUUGUAAUGUAAUGCUGAAAAUGUACAAGUGGUUUAUUAAACUUCCGAAUAUAAUCACUUACAUAAAUACAGAUUGAUAAAUAUAUUAACAAUGUAGUUUAUAAUCAAUACAUGAUGUGUCUAUAAAGUCUGUUCACCUCCUAUAUUUUGAAAAUGAUUCAAAAUUAUGAAAAAUGUUUUUAAAUUAUUUUUCGCUUUUAAAUGAUGUCUUCUCCCCACUAACCUCUUUGAAAGAGUAUAGCUACUCGAAAUGAUUGAACAUGUAUUUCGCGAUUUUUCAUAAUUUUGAACCGUUUAUAGGGAGUAGGAAUAAACUUUAAAGACACUCUGUAUAAAAUAUGCUAAUUGUCCGUUUUUAAAUUUAUCAUACUUUUCCAAUAUCAAUCGAUUAUGUAUCUUUAUGCCAUUAAUAGUAAAUUAUUUUAGAGCUUAUAUACAACGUAUUUCGACAAAUAUUUUUUUCAUUUUAGAUGCUUAGUUAGAGUUAUGAAGUGUUUAAAUUGGUGAUAAAAUAUCGAGCCACUGUAUGCUGAUUAAAGUUCAAUGAAUUACAGUCUUUUAUAUAUCAUUGAUUACAUAACUUUACAUAUGAUAAAAUCAGUUAUACAUACGUCAAUGAACUUAUAUAACAUUAUAAAUAAAACCAAUAUGUAUCUUUCAAUAUUUAAAGAUAUUUUAUUCCACUAAAAUAAUAUUAGGAUAUUAUUUUAAUCAAAUUAUACAUUAAUGUACAAUUUACUAAAAUAAUAUUUUUAAAAAUAUUAU